GUGCCCCCGGUCUUGGCCCGGGCAUUGGCUCCGUCUGUGCCCCCGAUUCUGGCCUCGGCGUUGGCCCAGCCUGUGCCCCCGGUUCUGGCCCCGGCUGUGCCCCCGGCUCUGGCCCCAGCACGAGCCCCAGCUCUGGCACCAGCUCUGGCUCCGGCGCUGGCUCCAGUGCUGGCCCCGGCUCUGGCCCCGGCUCUGGCCCCAGCAGUGGCCCCGGCUCUGGCCCCAGCCUCGGUCUCCGCUUCCGAGCUGGGCUCCGACCCGGACCCUGACGCAGAAGCGGCGCCUCAGAACAGCGCCGAGUCGGGCGCGAACCAGGCGCAGCGCGGCCCCGAGCCGCUCGCCGACUCGCUGCACGCGGGGAUUCCGGGACGUCCCGCUGCCGGCACUGCGGCGGCCGGCGCCAGCGGCGCGGCGAUCAAGAAGCUGUCGGGGCCUCUCAUCUCCGAUUUCUUCGCCAAAAGAAAGAGAUCUGCGCCUGAGAGCAAAUCCUCCGGCGAUGUACCCCCAGGAUGUCCCUCUGCUAGCGCGCCUGCUGGGGCUGGUGCGCCCGAGCAAACCCCGCGCAAGCGGCUGAGAUGAGUUAGCUUAGAGCCCUAAGAACACGGGGAGCUUGUUGGGCAGCGGACGAUGGAUAAGCGCGGGGCCUCGCUGGGACCAGAACCGUACAUGUUGCAGCAACCGGAGGCAGCGGCCGCAGAGCAGCCUUCGAUUUUCUUUAACUCUGAAAACUGUGCAAUGUAUUGAUAGCUUUGUUAUAUUUAGAUAUAUUCUGCACAUGGAGAACACUGGGUCCCAAGGUGUAAAGCUUUAAGAGUCAUUUAUAUAAAAUGUUUAAUCUCUGCUGACGCUCGGUGCAAAAAAAAAAAAAAAAGAAAAAAAAAGUAUAAAAGGGAAAAAAAGAAAAAAAAAGGAAAAAAAUAAAAAAAUGUAUAUUUGUACAAAAAGCUUUUAAAGUUAUACUAACUUAUAUUUUCUAUUUAUGUCCUGGCGUGGGUCUCUCUGCCAUGCACCUGCUCUGGUAUUGGUUAUGCCAAAGGCACACUAUAUUUCACCCACAUCAGAUUAUCAGCAAGUGUAAAUUUAUUUUUCCAGCAGGCUCUAGGGGAAGGAGUCGCUCACAUACUAGCUUCUAUACUACUCAUCUAGCUUGCAAUCUUUUCACGCUUUUGCUGCCUCUCUUAUUAUUACUAUUUUAAACUUGAAGACAAAACUGUUAAAAAAUGGUUCCUGAGCCAUCUGUACCACUGCCCCGGCUCCUCGUCCGCCGGGUUUUAAAUAAAGAGGCCAAAAAAUGCUGCAAA